UAUUUGCACAUUGUUCUUCAAACAAUCGAGCAACUACCGUUCUAUAUCACUUCUUAUGUGCUGUCUCGAAGUAUGGGCGUCCUUAUAGAAUUCGUACCGAUCUUGGUGGCGAAAAUGUUGACAUCUGGCACAACAUGAUUUUAACACGAGGCAAUGAAACUAAGCCGGUUGUUGUAGGGAAUUCAGUGCACAAUCAGAGAAUCGAAAGACAUAACAGAGCACUAAAUGAACAAGUUCUAACAAGUUUUAGAUCUGAAUUUUAUGCACUUGAAAGUGAAGGUGUAUUGAAUGUCAAUAAUGACACUGAUAUAUUUUGCCUCCAUUCAGUGUAUCUGCCACGAAUCGACAAAAUCCUUGACGAGUUUGUUGCUGCUCACAACAGCCAUAAAAUAUCUACAGAAGGAAACAAAACACCUGAACAAUUGUUUUGGGUUAACAUUAGAAAUGCAUACCAUGAAGAUGAUAUGCUACCAAACACAAGCAAUCUUGACAUUGAAGAACUAGCGUCAAGUGAUUUACCUCACGUCAAUGUACCAGAUAUAUCUUGCCCUUUGCAAGGUGACUUACAGUUGCAAAAUUUUAGUACAUUCAUUCAAUCUCUUUCGGCAGUGAGCGGAAAAGCUGCAUACCUUGAGGCUGUUCGUUUCUUGGGACAGUCAAUGCUUGAUGAGCAGAACCCUGAAGAUUUGCAUGCACAAUAGAUGACUUGCCUUGUUUACUUUUGCUAGCA